GAGGGAUUUAUCGUCGUCUGCUUAACUUCUGUCCUGUGUUCCUGGAAUAGUGGUUGAUACGUUCUAUCGUGCGUGCUUUCGCUGGCUUCGCAACGUGGCUACUGCUGCGUAGUUAGUUGGUUUGAUGUGUGUCUGGGAGCGAGAUUGAUUCAUCGUCACUUGAAUUGCGCCCGUUGAUUCCGCCGAUUCCCCCGUCGUCAGCUGGUCGGAUUAGUUCAUAAUCAACUAACCGGUCCAACUUUUCUUUUUUACGUUCUUUUUCGUUCUCUUCUUUACAUUAAGGGUUAUAUCGAGGAGAGAUAGAUAUUCCUCCCUACGAGAUCCAUACCUACCCAAACCGCAACCAUGAACGCCACGCACACCCUCGUCCGCCGAAUACCGCUACGGUCAUCCCCGCGAACCAUCCAUCCCCGACGCCAUCUCACAUCCUCGACACCCAAAUGCGAACCCGUUCCUGAGAAACACACCCCGAACCCGAACCCAAACCCGAAUCCGCAGCCGGCUGCCACGGUGCCGGGCCCGGUCGCCGCCCCGGCAUCGCGCACACUCCUCCAGAGAAUCCAGGCUGGUCCGGUGGGAAGAGUGGCGGGGGCGUAUUCGCGGGUGCAGGAUCGACGACCGUAUACCACGCAAGUGGUCAGCACGAUUAUUGUGUAUCUGUGUGGUGAUUUGGGGGCGCAGAUGUUGUUUCCGCCGGAUACUCAGACGUCGGGCUCGGAGGGAGAGGGCGAGGGUGAGAAGCAGACGAUAGCAGGAGGGGGGUAUGAUCCGUGGAGAACGCUGCGACAUUUGACGGUGGGUGUGGGGGGUGCGAUUCCGACGUAUAAAUGGUUCAUGUUUUUGCACCACCAUUUUAAUUAUUCUUCCAAGCUCCUCUCCGUCUUGACCAAGGUCUGUGUGCAGCAGGCGGUGUUCACACCCGUUUUCGGUACCUAUUUCUUCGGACUGCAGUCGUUGAUGACGGGCAAGUCGCUCGAGGAGACCUUUGAGCGGUUGAAGGUCGCGUUGCCGACGAGUAUCACGAAUAGUGUGAAGCUGUGGCCGGCUGUUACGGCCUUCAGCUUCAUGUAUGUGGCGCCGCAGUUCCGGAGUAUCUUUUCGGGCGUCAUUGCUGUGGGUUGGCAGACGUAUCUGAGUUGGUUGAAUCAGAAGGCGGCGCGCGAGGUGGAAGCGGAGAAGAGGGCGUUGGUGGAGGUGGAGGUGGGCGCGGGCGCGGUGGCUAUGAAUGCAUAGAGGGAUUCCUCGGACGUUCUUUUGAUCCUUUCUUGUUUCCUUUGUUGGUGUGAUAUCCCGAGACAUGUGGUGGACUGGUUUGUAUAGACUUGCUGAGGUAUAGAUUAGCAUUGGUUAGAACACGCAGAACAUAGACUUGACUAGCAUCGUUAGCAGAUACCCAAGAUGGUG